GGGGGCGCCGCGGGCCGCCCGCUGCCCGCCAAGCGCCCGCCGGGCGCCUCCGAGCCCGGGCGGCAGAAGGCUCCGUCCGGCAAGAAGACGAAGGCGAUCCGCAAGCUGACCUUCGAGGACGAAGUGACCACCUCGCCCGUGCUGGGGCUGCGCAUCAAAGAGGAGGCGCCCGAGGGCCGGGGGGGGGGGGGGGGGGGGGGGGGGGGCGAGUUCAUCUGCCAGCUCUGCAAGGAGGAGUACGGGGACCCCUUCGCGCUGGCGCAGCACCGCUGCUCCCGCAUCGUCCGGGUGGAGUACCGCUGCCCCGAGUGCGACAAGGUCUUCUCCUGCCCCGCCAACCUGGGGGGCCCCGAGCCCAGCGCCGAGGAGCUGCCUGCCGCCGAGUGCCGCCUCUGCCCCGUCUGCGGCGAGACCUUCCCCAGCAAGAGCAGCCAGGAGCGGCACCUGCGCCUCCUGCACGCCGCCCAGGUCUUCCCCUGCAAGUACUGCCCGGCCACCUUCUACAGCUCUCCCGGCCUCACCCGGCACAUCAACAAGUGCCACCCCUCGGAGAACCGGCAGGUCAUCCUGCUCCAGGUGCCGCUGCGCCCCGCCUGCUGAGCCGCCCGUGCCUUCCCCGCGCCCCGCGCCGCUCCCCCGGGGCCGCCACACGAUUAGCUUUAAUACGGCUUGUGACCUGCUGGAAUCUGGCUUUACACUCACC